UCAGAGCAACAACACACACACAGACGCACACACACACUCACACAGAGAGAGAGACACUCACUGGAGUUGGAGUUAGAGCGGAGUCUGGAGUAUUGCUGGGAUUUGAGAGGGAGAGGGGGAACUGCACCUGUCCCGUACCCACCACACACAGACACGCACGCACAGGGAAGCUCUCAAGGGAAAUACCAGCCGGCUCUAUGUGUGGCUGGGACCAAGGUUUAUCGGUUGCCUCUCAGCAUAGCCAAGCCAUGUUGACCACGGACGGGGCACCACACACAGCCGACCGCGCCACCAGCGACAGCAGCAACGAGAAGAAGAAGAUGGACGUCUACGAGGACGCCGACAUGAGCGCCUGGACGGAGGACGAAUUCGAGGAGAAGUGCACCUACAUCGUGAAGGACCACACCUGGGAGGGGGGCCCCGAAGCCCACCCGGAUCUCAGCCGCGCCGAGGCCUCGCUGCCCCGAAACCUGGCCUUCAAGCACCCAGCAGACUCUAAAGAGGUGAGCGGCGUCAUCAGCCGAGAAUACAUCCCCCAAGGAACUCGAUUUGGCCCCCUAGUGGGCGAGGUGUACACUGCAGAGAAUGUGCCCAAAGACGCCAACAGGAAGUACUUCUGGAGGAUCUACUCAGAGGGCAAGUUCCACCACUUUGUGGAUGGCCUGGAUGAGGACAAGAGCAACUGGAUGCGCUACGUGAACCCAGCGCACUCGGAGCAGGAGCAGAACUUGGCGGCGUGCCAAAACGGCAUGAGCAUCUACUUCUACACGGUGAAGGCCAUCACCGCCGGCCAGGAGCUGCUGGUCUGGUACUGCCCCGACUUCGCCCGACGCCUCCACUACCCGGCCUCCGGCGAGAUCAUGAUGCAGAAACUCAAGCAGAGCCUGAUGGAGGCCAAGCAGCAGGUGACGGAGGAGGUGGUGGCGGCCAAGAGACCCGUGAAGAUCGAGCACAGCGUGUCGGAGAUCCUGAAGGGCACCAAGCGGGAGCCCAGCCGGCCCCUGGCCACGCGUCCCCACUGCCCCGCCAGCCCCGAGCGCCCGCUGUACCCGCGCGCCCUCUACCCCAUCCGCCCGCACCCGCACCUGCACCUGAGCGAGGAGCUGCUCCUCAAGGCCAGCCCUCCGUUCGGCUACUCGGCCUGCUCGCCGGGACAGUCCUCGGCCACCACCGCCAGCCCCAGCGGUCGCAGCAGCAGCCCAGAGAGCAGCCCCACGCACCGCCGCAGCCCCGCCGACACUGCCGCCUCCCCACCUAACGCCACCGGCGCCCUGCCUCCCGAGGCCUCCCAUCGUGACGGCUUCCCCACCGCCCCCUUCCACCACCCGGGGUUCUACCCGGGGCGUCGUCUGGGGCCGUUCCCCGGGGGCUACCACUCCCCUGCCGGGUCGCUGCCCUCGCUUCCCUUCUCCUCCUUCUCCGGCCCUCAGUAUCCGCACUACCUCCUGCCGCCGUACGGCCCUCCGCCCUCCGUGGGCAGCCUGCUCCACCCCCACCCCCGCGUGGGCGUCUACCCGCUCUAUAGCAGCCUGCUGCCCCCGCAGCACCCGCACAUGCCCCUGCCCCCUGGCAUGCUGCCGUCCGAGGCCACUGCAGUGGCCGCCGGGCGUCGCUUCCUGAUGCCCCCCGCCGACCCGCAUCACCCACAUCAUCGGGACUUCCUUGUGCCCGGGCCCACCAGCGCCUUCUCCGCAGCGGCCACCACCCCCAAAGACAAGCAGGGGGCGCACCACCCUCGCGCGCCCUCCAGCGGCUCCCCCACGGCAGGAGCAGCAGCCUCCGGUGACAGGCUACCCACCAAGCCCACCUCGGCACUGCUGGGACACUCCGGGCGCUCCAUGUCCCUGGCUGUGGAGGAGGAGGCCAUCAACCUGAGCAAGAUGAGCAAGCGCAGUGGCGGCGGUGGAGGCUCUGGCGCUGGGUACAAGACGCUGCCUUACCCGCUCAAGAAGCAGAACGGCAAGAUCAAGUACGAGUGCAACGUUUGCAGCAAGACCUUCGGCCAGCUGUCCAACCUCAAGGUGCAUCUGCGUGUCCACAGUGGCGAGAGACCCUUUAAGUGUCAGACGUGCAGCAAGGGAUUCACCCAGCUGGCCCACCUGCAGAAGCACUUCCUCGUCCACACUGGCGAAAAGCCCCACGAGUGCACGGUGUGCCACAAACGUUUCAGCAGCACCAGCAACCUGAAGACGCACCUGCGCCUGCACUCGGGCGAGAAGCCUUACUCGUGCAAGAUGUGCCCGCAGAAGUUCACGCAGUUCGUGCACCUCAAGCUGCACAAGCGUCUGCACACGCGCGAGCGGCCCCACAAGUGCCCGCACUGCCACCGCAACUACAUCCACCUGUGCAGCCUGCGCCUGCACGCCAAGGGCUACUGCCUGGCGCCCGGCGCCGCCCCUCCGCCCGCCCCCGGCCUCACGCUGGAGGACCUGGCGCGCCUCAACGAGGAGAUCGAGCGCUUCGACAUCACGGACCAGGCCGACAAGCUGGAGGAGAUGAUGGAGGGCCAGGGCCUGGACGCCGAGUCCGAGCAGCAGAUCAUGGCCAUGCUGUGGCGCGAGCUGGACAUGAAGGUGUCGCCCUUCCACCACCUGGCACCGCCGGCUGCCAUGACGCUCCCUCCCCCUCCUCCAUCGCACUCGUCCCCAGGCUUCAGCCCGUACCACCAGCCCAGCAGCGGCGAGGUGUCCGUCAUCAAGCUCCGUCGGCACGGCAGCCCUCAGCCCCUGUUGCCCAUCACGGUCAAACAGGAGACUGUGGACGCCAUGGAGUCCUGAACUGUCUGAACUGUACUUGUACCCAUCCGUCCACCACCACCACUACUUAGUCAAGUAACCACUGAGACACUCCCCCUCGCACAGACAAGACACGUGUACAAGCACACCCAUCUGACCCCUCUCAAAGCCUGGCUUCACUGACUAUACAUCCAGGUGCUUUGACGGGAGAAGGUGGCAUUGACAAAAAUGCAUUGUUUAAGUUAUUUCCCUUUCUUGCUUUUUGAUUGGUUGCUGGCAGCCGGGGCUUGGGUUCUGCCUUCAGGGACUUCCGUACUCAGGGCUCAUAGACACUGUCCAAAGACUGCACACAGUUGUCCUCUCCGCUGUGCCCUACACUUACCACAAAGACAAUCAGAAACGUUUCCUUAAUUUCAUAUGACUAUUUUAUUAUUAUUAUUGUUAUCAUUGUUGUUGACCUUGUUGUUGUGGUUGUUAUUAUUAUUAAUAAUAUUAUUGUCUUGUUUUUUUGUUUCACUGUAGUAUGUAACCUCCUUAAUUUAUUAUGCAAUUUUUGUUGUCUUUUGAGAGCAAUACUUGGAAAAUAAUGUUUACAAUGACUGGAUAAAUUCAUUGUAAUUGACUAUUUACUUAUUUUUCUAUGUGACUGUCCUUCUUUUGUAAAUAUGUUUUCUUCUCUCUGCCUGUCUUAGCUCUGUCACGUUUGUCCUAUGGCACAGAUGGGGCGCAUCCUAGAGUGGAUGUUUUUUAUUUUAUUUUUUACUUUUUUUCAAGUUUCAAAAAAGAAGGAAAGGAGUGCUCUUCCACUGAAGUUCUUUUGUUUGUGUGCGCGUGUGUAUUUUCUUUUGUUUCUUUUUUUUCUUAAUUCAGGCCAAAGGUGGACAUUUGAAACGUUGUAUUUCUGACUUGGCUCCACAUCAAAAGGAAAGACAGCUGUAAUGCAUGCUCUUAGAGGAUUUGUUUUGUUGUUCACAAGCUCUACGUACUCUGGAUGAGGCACAUUGUACAUAUGUCUUUAAACAACAGUUACCUCAGUGUGUGUCCGUGCGGGUGUGCGUGAGUGAGAGAGAACAAAUGUGUGUGCGUGAGUGAGUGAGUGAGUGUGUGUGCAAAUGUAUGUGUGUGUGUGGGUGUGAAAUUCCAGAAGGAAGAAGAAGUGAGAAGCACAUAUGAUAUUUAUUGCUUUGCUUACUUGAAGAUGAUGAUAUUAAACAAAAAACCAAAAUGUUCUGGAGUGCAGCUCUCCAUUAUGGCCCAAAGAGCAAGAGUUGGUUCGUUCAUGUGUCCGACAAAGAUCAGCUCUCCCAUCAUUCAUAAACCUCAACAACAAAGAAGGCGUGAGAGGGGGAAAAACGAACAUGUAAAACCUCGAAUGGGGUGUGUACCAAAGUUCCCACUCAUUCUUUCUAUGUUUGACAACACCAAAAAAGGACUAAAUUAUUGAAAAGCAAAACCGAGAAAAUAAUGUGUGUAUAUUAUGAAGUUUUCGCUCUUUUUAGUUGUUUU